GCGCCUGUGUUGUGAAGGGAGAGAAGUAGCCAGCGAUCGGCCGGGAGGGCUUAAUUAGCUGCAAAUUCUGAAGCUUUGUAGCCAGCUGGUCCGCGAUGGUGGUGUUCCCCAGCACCCUGACCGAGGAAGAGGAGGCCCUGCAGAAGAAGUAUGCCAAGCUGAAGAAGAAGAAAAAGGCUCUGCUGGCUCUGAAGAAGCAGAGCUCCACCAGCCAGACGAGCCAGAGCGGACUAAAACGCACCCUGUCUGACCAGCCUGUGGUGGACACCGCUACUGCCACAGAGCAGGCCAAAAUGCUGAUCAAGUCAGGAGCCAUCAGUGCCAUCAAGUCAGAGAACAAGAACUCAGGCUUCAAGCGCUCCCGCACCCUGGAGGGCAAACUCAAGGACCCAGAGAAAGGACCUGCGCCAGCGUUCCUGCCAUUUCAGAGGAGUGUCUCCACUGAUGAGGAGCUUCCAGAGUCUGCCAAAAGGACCCACAGGAAGUCUCUCUAUGAGAGCUUCGUCAGCUCGGGUGACCGUUCCCGUGACGACGAUGAUGGAGGUGGCUCGUCCUCCAGCCGGGACGCAGAGAGGGAUCGUGACCGUGACCGGGAGGUGGACAGAGACAGAGACCGUGACCGGGACAGAGACCGGGACAGAGACCGGGACAGGGACCGCGGCAGAGACCGGGAUAGAGAUCGUGACCGUGACCGAGAGAGGAGCCGUGACCGGGAUCGAGACCGCGACCGGGACAGAGACAGAGACAGGGACCGUGACAGGGACCGCGAACGAGACGCUCCGUUCAGACGGUCGGACUCGUACCCGGAGCGCAGGGGGGUGCGGAAGGGGAACACGGUGUACGUGUAUGGCGCCGCACUGGUGGAGGACAGCCUGCGAGCCGCCUUUGCCCAGCACGGCAACAUCAUCGACCUGUCCAUGGACUCCCCGCGAAACUGUGCCUUCAUUACCUUUGAGAAGAUGGAGUCAGCUGAUCAGGCAGUAGCUGAGCUGAAUGGCACCACAGUGGGUGACGUCAACAUCAAAGUCAGCAUCGCCAGGAAGCAGCCAAUGCUGGAGGCUGCCACAGGGAAAUCAGUCUGGGCCUCACUGGCUGUCCAGAACAGUGCCAAAGGCUCUUACAGAGACAAGCGAAACCAGGUGGUGUACAGUGAAGACCUAUUCUGAGACCCCGUGAGACAACUGUAAAAAGUACAGCUUGCUGAAAUUAGUAUAAGCAUUGGUGUUUUAUCUUUCACGAAAAAUGUCAUUUUCCAGCUUCUUCAAGUAAAUCCAUAGUUACCUUGUUUUUUUUUUUUUUUUUUUUACAAAGGCUUACUUUGUGGUUGAACGUGUAUUUCUCUUUGGAUCUUUGGCAGCAGUGGACGUUGUUACAGUAAGAUAACUUGCCUCGUGCUCUGCUAUCGUGUGGUUUUGUUUCGAGAACAACUUGUGAAAAUGGAUUUAAAAA